CUAAAGUCUCCUUUAUAUAAGACGUACUCCCUAAACUCCUCACACCAAACCAAGACUUCACUUCUUAGCCACAAUAUAUUGCAAUCAACCUAGCCUUUUUUUUAAAAUUAUUUUAGCAUAUAUGGCACUCAUUUCCCAAGUAUUUGGUAAUGAAAUUUUUGACCCUUUCCUUUCUAUGAUCAACAAGUGUCCUGUGCUUAAUACCCCUACAGAUUGGAAGGAGAUCCUAGAAGCUCAUGUGUUCAUAGCUGAUCUUCCAGGGCUCAACAAAGAGGAAGUGAAUGUAGAAGUAGUUGAUGAUGGGAGUGUGCUCCAAAUAAGUGGUGAAAGGAAGGAGGAAAAAGCUGAUGAAAAUGUUAAGUGGCAUACAGGAGAACGUUUCCGUGGCAAGUUUCUUCGAAGGUUUAGGUUACCAGAAAAUACCAAGACAGAUGAAGUUAAGGCCUCCAUGGAAAAUGGUGUGCUUACUGUCACUGUGCCAAAACAGGAGCGCAAGAAACCCGAAAGGAGGGUGAUCGAGAUUGAAGAAAAGUAGAGGAUGGGGAAGGAAAGAAAUUCAGCGAGAGUUAAUAUGAAAAUAAAGUUGUGUUAUGUUCCAUAAAAGUGUGAUUUGUGUGUGCUUUAUUACCCUUGUCAUGUAUAUUAUUCUCUUGAGCUGUACUAAUUAAUUCACUCAUAAAUAAAAUUUGUUGAUUU